CACAUGUUGGCGACGAUGUUAACAUAGCCAUGAACCCAGCGAAUGUUAGGUUCCCAUACUACCUAUGGGUGAAUGGUUCGGUAGCUGUGAGACUGUUACUGGUUAAUCCUAUGUCACACAAAGUAACGGUACUCAACAGCAGUCACACCGGCUACACGACCAGGAUGAGAUACACCGGGGAGGACUCACUAUCACAGACAGGACAGCUGAGGUUUACCAUCUACAAUGUUACUGUACAGGACGCUGGUACUUACUAUUGUCAAGAAAGCAUAGGACAGAUUAUAUCUGGAUGUGGACAGGUCCUCGUUGUGGCACAGGAGCCAACCCCACCUACCAUCACCGGACCUGCCUCACCUGUAUCAGGUGAGAAUGUCACCCUGACAUGCUCCUCCUCCUCCCGGAGUCUACCCCUGGACCAUCCCCCACUGACCUUGACCUACAUCUGGAGGAGGAACAGGACCCUGCUAGAAUCUGGUGAUGGGUCUUCUACAGGUAGAGAUGACCUGACAAUAACCCACAUCAGCAGAGAGAACCAUGGAGACAUCUACAGCUGCCAGGCUGUGGAGGAGGGCCUGAAGUCUGACUGGAGUCACGGACAUGUACUGGAUGUUCUCUCACGUGAAGUUACUGAAUCUGGUGCCGUUUCCAUCGUCCCCGUGGCUGCUGUCUGUUCCGUCCUGAUCGUGGUCAUCGCCGUUGUCGUCAUCGUUGUUGUUUGUAGAAAACAGAGACGUGGAGGAUGGGGAGACAUUCAUAGUCGCCUUGUCACAUACAUCCUUGACGCAGAAACAGACGGGGGCUACCAGGAGAUAGAAGAGAGAGGAUACGUUCAUCAGCGGGAAGACGAAAACGACGGGAACUACCAGGAAAUAGAAGAAGAUGAUGACAACGUCGACGACAUCGUCCCCAUCGUAGCUGUCUACUCCAUUAUGCUCACUGCUGUGGCAGUAGUGGUGGCAGCAGUUACUAUUCUUGUCUGCAAGGACGUAAAAGAAAACCAGGACAGAAGAUGUGGUGAAUAUCUUACUGUGAUGGCAGACAGAUUGUCCCGUGACUUCAGUGAUGUACCUUGUGCUUCCAACAACGACGGGGAUGUCUUACCCCUACAUGAUUACGAGCGACUCCUGAGGGAACAGUUCCACAUCUACACGUCUCUCCACCCAUCAACUUCCUAACUGAGGACCACAGCACCAGGUGAAGCCAAAACUGACGUUACAGUUCCUCAUCUACGUCUCUCCACUUUUCAUCGUCCUCCAUCGAGGACCACAGUACCAGAUGAAGCCUAUACUGACGAUACUGUUCCUCAUCUACACGUCUCUCCACCCUUCAUCGUCCCCCACAGAGGACCACGCCACCAGUAGGGCAUGAACUGAUGGUACAGUUCCUCAUCUAUACGUCUCUCCACCCUUCAUCGUCCCCAACAGACGACCACUGGACCACAGUACGGGGUGCAGCCUCAAGUGAGGCAACAGUUUAUGCAGACGAUAUUGUCUUUGUACCUUUCUACAGACGAUAUUGUGUUUAUAGUUUUAUGUAGACGAUGUUUCUUUUUCGCUGUAGGCUGACCAUAUUUUCUUCAUAGCUUUAUGCUGACGAUAUUUUCUUGUUGGUUUAAUGCAAACGAUGUUUUCUUUGUCGUUUUAUGCAGACGAUAUUUUCUUUGUCGUUUUAUGCAGACAAUAUUUUCUAAGUCGCUUUAUGCAAAUAAUAUUUUCUUGGUUGUUUUAUGCAGACGAUAUUUUCUUUGUUGUUUUAUGCAGACGAUAUUUUCUUUGUCACUUUAUGCAGACGAUAUCAUCUUUGACGCUUGAUGCAGGCGAUAUUUUCUUUGUCGCUGUAUGCAGACGAUGUUUUCUUUGUCACUGUAUGCAGACGAUAUCAUCUUUGACUCUUGAUGCAGACGAUAUUUUCUUUGUCGCUGUAUGCAGACGAUGUUUUCUUGGUCACUUUAUGCAGACGAAAUCAUCUUUGACGCUUGAUGCAGGCGAUAUUUUCUUUGUCGCUUUAUGCAGAUGAUGUUUUCUUUGUCACUUCAUGCAGACGAUG